CAACAAACCUCAUACCCCUCAAAAAUCCCAUUUUCAUGCGGUCUCGCAAAGCAAUUAUCUUUAUCCAGAACCACCGCUCGAAUAUCCACAUUCUUAUACUUCCCCUCGAAAGCUUUAUCCAAAGGGAUUGGUAGAUCGUUGAACGUCGCAAAGGUAGAUUGAGGAAGACAUAAAUUCGGACGUGUGACAAGCCGGAAAAGCGAGAGUGUGGCGGAGAUGUUGAAGGAUGACAUAUCCAUUGAUUUCCUUCUCAAAGUUUUGGAUUACGUGUGAAGUUUGGGAAGAAACGUGAGAUACGUGGUUGUGGUGGACUUCACUUACAGUGGGUGGUUCAGAGCUCAGACAGGGAAGCUUCACUAGCGCCAAUAUUUUGAGAUGCAGCAGCAUGGAAAGGUUAGAGGUUCAAGAGCGCAGAACAAACCUCACGACUCUGCGCCAACGCCCACACUACUCCUUUUCCUUCGAGCUCAACACGAACCUUGCGCAGCUCCACCAGAUUUAAUACCGCCAUAAUGACGAGUACGAUCGGUAUCCCAAUCAAGCUCCUCAACGAAGCCCAGGUUCGUCCUGCCCACCCCGCCUUUCCACCCCCCGCGUAGAAGCCCUUGCAAAACGCGCUCUUGCUGACUUCUUGAUGCGGGAAUAGGGACAUGUCGUUACGCUUGAGAUUACCAGCGGCCAAGUGUACCGUGGAAAACUACUCGAGGGUUUGUUCUUUCCCCCCACAGCCAUGAGCACCACCCCCCAAGACGAGUCGCAGUCGAAGGAGGGCAGGAUUUGGGUUCUAAAAGGAUAGAUACUGAUUAGGAUUUAUAGCGGAGGAUAACAUGAAUGUGCAACUGAAGGAUAUCACCGUCACGGCACGCGAUGGGAGAGUGAGCCAUCUGGACCAAGUCUAUAUUCGGGGAAGCCAUGUGAGGUUUUUCAUCGUGCCUGAUAUGUUACGGUAUGAUUCCCCCCCCUUCCUCUUUUCAAUGUCAUACACAUUCUAAUAUAUCUCUGUUUUAGAAACGCACCGAUGUUCAAGUCCCGCGGCGUCAAAGGAAGAGGUGUCGGUUUGGCAAGAGGAAGAGCAACAGUCAGCCGAGCGCGAGCCAGUGGUGGGCGAGGAGCCCCUCGGGGUUAAAGCCAUGGGAGGGAUUGAGGAAAUUGAAUGUAAUGCAAUGGGAAAUCUUCAUAAUGGCGUGGGGAAUAUAUUUGAUUUGGGCGUUUCUUCUCUUUUUUUUUUUUUUGAGAGGCAUAAAAAGUCAUGGCAAGAGAUGAGAGAGAAGUGCUGGCUAAAUUAUGGCACUUUUUAUCUUUGCAUAUUCCAUACAUGUAUGUGAGAUCUGAAUAGAUGUGCUUUACAAGUUUGUUCUUGGGCUUUGGUUUGGUGUGAAGAUACCUGCGUAUGUGAGUGCAUUCAGGUACUAACCAAUCCAUGGAUAUGGAAUUAAUGAUGAUCCAGCCUCAUCACGUGAAAGUGUCAGAACCUCUCAACUCAUCUCAUCCCAUCUCAUCUAUUUCAUCCACCUCUCCUCAAACACAAACAAAAAAUAAACCCAAUAAAAAGAAACCCCCAAAAAAAUGGAAAUCAAAAACCCCCGUCGCAUCCUCGCAGUCAGCCGCCCGGACUCCUCCCUCCUCGACCUCCUCAAAGGUUCAUUCUCUCACAUCUCAAACCCCCUCCCUCAUCUCAUCCUAUCUUUAACAUAAACUAACACCCCACCCAGAACUCACGCAAACUACCCCCACAAUCCCCCCUUCAGGCCUAGCAGGAAGCACGCACACCUACCCCCUCACAACCCCCUACUACAGCACCACCCUCCCCAUCUGGGUGGACGAAACCCCCUCACCCCCCACCUGGUCCCGGGACUUCCUCUCCCCAGCCGCAAAAGAAGUCCUCCACGCCCUCGGCGCCAUAAUCGUCACCUUCAAAAAACCGCUCUCCACCGCCGACCUGGACGGCAUCAAAGAACUCUUAACCCACGUCGGCGAAGUGGUGAAAGAGGGGUGUGGAUACGACUGGGAUGGUGUCGUGCUAGCGGUAGCUUGUAAGCAGAGCCAGACGCCGAUUUUGGAGCUGGAGAAGGGAGAGUGGGAGGAUUUGUGUCAGGAGCUUGGUUUUGAGUUUGUGGAUCUGGAUAAUGAUUGGAUGGGUGAGGGGGGGGAGGUGGAGGAUUUCUUGUUGGGUGAUGAGGGUGAGGAAAUGGGUGAGUUGGGGUUUGGAAUUGAUCCUCAGGAGAUGGAUGAGGAGAUGAGGGGUAUGAAGAUGGCGAUUUAUGGGAGGGGAGAUGAGAAUGGGAAUGAGGAGGAUGAAGGCAAAGACGAUGAGGACGUGGAGAAGUUACAAGCUAUGAUGCUAAAAAUGCAAGCAGUUAGAGGUAUAUAUCCCAUCCCCCUCUCACAUAAACCCAACCCCUUCACCCAAAACAAAAACCCCCCACCCAAAAACCACAAGCUAAUCAUCAACCUUUCCCCUCCCACAGACAUGGGCGCCGACCUCCCCGAGGCAGAGAGAAAACGUCUUGCCGCCAAGACAGUAAGUGAGAUAAUGAAAACCCUUUGAAAACCUGCUAUCUCUUCCUCGGUAAAUCAGACCUCUGAAUCCCCUCCAUUGAUAAAGAUCCCAUAA